GGCGGCCCAGCAGAGAGAGGGGAGGACUCUCAGUUAGUUGUUAUCUGUAGCUGCAGGAGACAGACUGAGCCGUAGAGGUUGGUGUGUGUGAAGUGUAAACUUUCUUGACCAGAACAGACCACUCCACACUUCUCUGCUUGCCUCUAAAAAAAUACUACCCAGUGAGACCAACAGGUUGAAAGAGACGCUCUUAGUUCAUCACUUGGACCAUUGACACACCUCUUUCUCAUCAAACCGACCACUGUGAGGGUUUUGUCCCACUGCGCCAGAGGCCAGAUGUGAUGAAGGGAUUGUGAGAAGAGAAAGCGAAUGAUAUAGACAGCAAGCUGAGUUCCUCCACAGGAGAAGACACCAAAUGGGGAAUCUGCUGAAAGUGCUCACUUGUACAGAACUUGAACAGGGACCAAACUUUUUCCUUGACUUUGAAAAUGCACAGCCGACAGAAGGAGAGCGCGAGGUGUGGAACCAGGUGAACUCAGUCCUGCAGGACUCUGAGAGCAUCCUGACAGGUCUGCAGGCGUACAAAGGAGCGGGGCAGGAGAUCAGAGAUGCGAUCCAAAACCCCAACGACUUGAUGCAGGAGCGAGCCUGGAACUCCGUCUGCCCGCUAGUCAUCAAACUCAAAUCGUUCUACAGCUUCUCCCUCAGACUAGAGGAGGCCUUGAAGAGUUUGUUGGAGUCGCUGACCUGCCCGCCCCUCACCCCCACUCAGCAUCUGGAGAGGGAGCAGGCCCUGGCCAAACAGUUUGCUGAGAUCCUCCACUUCACUCUGCGCUUUGAUGAACUCAAGAUGAGAAUUCCUGCCAUCCAGAAUGACUUCAGCUACUACAGAAGGACCAUCAGUCGAAACCGGAUAAACAACAUGAAUUUGGACAUUGAAAAUGAAGUCAACAAUGAGAUGGCCAACAGGAUGUCUCUGUUCUACGCUGAGGCCACGCCUAUGCUGAAAACACUGAGCACCGCUACAACAAACUUUGUGACGGAGAACAAAACUCUUCCUCUGGAGAACACGACGGAUUGUCUCAGCACCAUGGCCAGCGUCUGUAAGGUCAUGCUGGAGACACCGGAAUAUUCGAGUCGCUUCAGCAGCGAGGACACACUCUUGUUUUGCAUGAGGGUGAUGGUGGGAGUCAUCAUUCUUUAUGACCAUGUCCACCCUAACGGCGCUUUCAACAAGUCCUCCAAGAUAGAUAUGAAAGGCUGCAUAAAAGUGCUGAAGGACCAACCUGCAGAUAAUGUAGAAGGGCUCUUGAAUGCUCUCAAAUUCACCACAAAACACCUGAACGACGAGUCCACUCCGAAGAACAUCCGGACUAUGCUCCAGUAACAUUUGUUCUUUUUCUAAAUAUUGAAAUGAAGAGGAUCAUUCUGCUGACCUCAGACAAGAUGUAAAUGUUUACAUUAUUUAAAAGGUUUGUUGUUCAUACUUGUGUGAAUCGUGCAAAAUCCGACACUCCAAAUUUAUUCAGCCCUGCAGAUUUUAUACUUUCUACUUUCCCACCAAACACCAAGCUGUCUGAGCACAAACUAUUGAUACCUGUUUGCCUUAAUGGAUGUUGGAAUUUUAGAGAUGAAUGAGCAAGGCAGCAACGCAUAAAGAAUAAUUAGUUUUCUUUUGGGAUGCCUACUUUCUAAAAUUACAACUUUUCCAAGAAAUGCUUCAAAGCUUGUGAUGAUGAGCAGCGUAGACCUCAGAGGUCUGUUGAAGAAUCGAUGGCUGUUCCUGCAUGGCCAGCGAGAUGCUGCAGGGUGUGGAAAUGAAAGUAAGACAUGGUUGGGGGGAAAAAAAACAACUGUGAUAAUAAAUGAUCCAAUCAAAUGUUUUAUCAAGCUGAUUUUAAAAGCUACAUGCUGUGCCAUCUUUUCUCUGUACAGUGCUGCCUGCAUCUACUGGCACCCCUGGUUAAAAUGUUUAAAAGCUUAUAAUAAAUUCUUUUUUUGUUGCAGCGGUAUGAUCUCACACUGAAAAAAUUCAAAAAAUCCAACAUUUAAUUUGAGAAACAAAACCCGCCAUUCUCUGUAGCUGCUGUGAGUUUGGCGCCAUGCUUUAAAAUCGAAGCAUUAUUCAUACUUUACUCCAAGGCAAAACCCAGCUGGAGUGUUUGUUGCUAAAACGCUCUGUGUUGGUCCCAUUUGAGGUUUUAAAUUUAAAAUAGCUUCAGUGUCAUUUAUUCUUUAAAGGACUUCCAGUAUGUGACUGAAAUAAAAGAUGCAUUUCUCUUAAGACUUUGUGUGGGCAAAAUCUGCCUGCCACUGUAUGUUUAACAUUUCUGUUGAGCGUUCUUUAACAGAAAGACCAAAAAUAUUUAAUUCUAAAUAAAUUAUAUUUGUUGGCCUAUAGACUCUAAAGGACAACAAAUCUCAUUUGUUCUCCAAAGUCAAGACCUCAAACUAGGUUGGACAAUCUGUGACUAUUAACUGUGGUUCUUUUUCCAUUUUAAACUCUGAAGACCGAUGAGAGAGAGAGUAUGUGUAGAGUAUGUAAACCUGUAAACCUUAUGUAAACUUAUCGUGGAAAAGCCAGAGGGCUGUCUUGAUGCCUUAAAUAAGCUGACUAAGGUCAUACCCUGUGAAGCAUGGAAACACCGUUCUGUUUCUGUUGUAUUGCAUCCAUAAAGCCAUACAUGUAAAAUGAACCGUAGCCACUCCUGUCCUUCCAUUAAUGUGUCAGACUAACAUUACUUUAACAUCCUCUUGUGUUUCAACAUAUAUCCAGUAAUGUGUGCGAUCCAUAUUUUGGAUGCAAUGAGAUCCAGAUGUAUGCCGCAUAUAUGUCUUAUUUCUGACCCCCGUCUUCUGCCAGGGACCAUGUACGCAACCCUUCCUUCAGCCCCAACAUGUGCAACUGUGUGCUGAAUGCAAGACGUUGUUUUAAAUCAUCUUUUUUAUUUUGUCUUCAACUGACAUUAUUGUUUAAUGUUGAGAUUCCUACUCACUGUUUAUGGUUGUUUCUUUGGCUGUGUUCUUGCAUACUGAAUGAGAGGUUUGGAUUGGAUAAUAAAGUUGGUACAUUUCUUAAA